GCACAUGCAGAGUUGAGGAAACUUACUCUAAUGUUCCUGCAAGUUUAUUAACAAAAAUGGAGACUUAGCAAGAUUUAUAUUUCACAAGUAUGGAGGCAGUGAAGAGAGGAAAGAGUGUGGGAAUACUGUUUACAAGCUUCUUAAUCUCACUUGGCAUUAUUAGUUUUCUCGCAGUUUAUUUACCAAACAGUUUCACAUCAAAUCAGGGCUAUCGAUAUAUGGACCUGCAGAUCCCUCUGGAGAGUGAAGAAGAGUGUGAUAUUUUUCAAGGAGAGUGGAUUCGGACAGGCCAAAACGAGUCCUUGUACAGCAGUACAAGUUGUGCAUGGAUUCCGGAGUGGAAGAACUGUUUCAUGCAUGGAAGGAAAGACACUGAGUUUGUAAAUUGGAGAUGGAAACCUCAUGCAUGUGAACUGCCAAGGUUCAUUGCCACCAAAUUCUUUGAGAUUGCGAGGAAUAGAACAAUGAUGUUUAUUGGCGAUUCUGUUGCGCGUAACCAAAUGGAGUCUCUUCUCUGCAUCUUGUCAGAGGAAGAAGUACCAACUGAAGUUGAAAAAGAAGAUGAUGAAGCUGGCAACUGGACACUCUAUUUCAGCUCAAACAAUUUCACCAUCACUUUUAUCAGAUCCAUAUUCCUAGUGAAGAGUGAGGAGAUAAUGAUAAAUGGUUCUUCAUCUGGUUCUUUUAACAUUCAUCUUGAUAAGGUCGACGAAAAAUGGGCUGAGAGACUUCCCAGCACAGACUACACAGUAAUCUCUUCUGCUCAUUGGUUUUUCAGAAAGAAUUACCUAUACGAGAAAGGGCAUCUAAUAGGAUGUGUUCAUUGUAGUGAACCAAAUGUCACAAAUUUGGGUCUUGGUUUUGCAAUAGGAAAGGCCAUCAGAUCCGCGCUUGAGUUUAUCCAUAGUUGUGAAAACUGUCAUAGCUUGAUGACAAUACUACGAACAUUCUCUCCAACUCAUUUUGAAAAUGGAGCUUGGAACGGUGGAGGAUACUGUAACAAAACAAGUCCAGUAAGUAAUACAGAGAUUGACUUUGGAGGUUUUGAAUGGGAACUGAGAAAUGCUCAGAAAGCAGAGAUUGAAAAAGCUCAAAAGAAAGUCUCAUAUAGUAGUGCUGAUAAAAAGUUCAGGGCUCUAGACGUCACAACGGCAAUGCUUCUGCGGCCUGAUGGACAUCCGGGAUCACACUGGGGCAAUCAGUGGAAUAAGGGUAUAAAUGAUUGUCUACAUUGGUGUUUGCCAGGUCCUAUUGAUGUUUGGAAUGACUGGUUGAUCGCACUGAUGAAAAUGGAAGCUAGAGCAUCGCUUCACCUCUAAUUUGCUUAUUUCAAUCUUCUGUAGACAGAAAGAAGCAUUUGAUUCUUUAUUGUUUCUACUAUUUUUGAAAACACAAAUUAGUUAUUUGUCUUCUAUUCUCCAAUUUGAAAAAAUCUUUGAGGCCUUGCAUUUUUGUAUAAGUAGUAAAUCAUUCAUUUUCAGAAAUAUAUCUAUAUGAG